AUGGAGCAGAUUUACUUCAGGGCCACAAUGGUUGUGCUCUGGUUCGGUAGCAACAGGUACACCCCAACGAGCACGUGCGCGUUGCCCAAGGGCAAAGGGAGGACCUGCUGUCCAACCUGGUCGACCGGCUGGCCCGCGACCUGCCGGGCGCCGCGUACGGCGAGUGGCCGGUGCUGCCGGGCCGCCUACGACGCCGGCUUCUACGCGGUCACGUACGCGCUGCUCGUCAACGCCGUCAACGCCCUGGCAUAUUGGCCCGUCGACCGGCUUGGCCGUCCGGAACCGGACCUAGCGCGCGACAUGGCGGUGUUGGCAUACAUGGGUCCCAAGGAGGUGCCCCUGGCUGCCUUGGUCCUCGCCGCCAUCAAGACGGCCUACUUGCUGUUCUUCGCAUCGCCACGCAGUUCACGCCAGGUUCUCUUCGGGUGCCUCUAG